GUGGACUGUGGACCGCAGUGCACAACAUUUCUGAUGUGGAUGUUAGUCAGCAGCUGAGAGGGACCUAUCGGAGAAUCACAGCCUAUCAAUUCUGUUAAUGAUCACCCGUUCCCUUUACAUGAGGACACUGUGCUCCUCUCUCAGUAAGCGGGACUGUGGUCUGACAGUGAGGCUGCAGCUGAAGCCACUCAGGGAGUUUACACAUUUGAUCGCUUUCUGCCCUCAGAGGACCUUACUGAAGGGCAGCAAUGCGUCUCAUAGGGUCCACUGUCCUUUUAUCUGUGCUGCUGCAGGCUAUGUCUGCUCGGACAGAGGAAUGGCAGACGGCCACGUCUAUUUAUAACUUCUCAGCGACAGAUAUUGAUGGGAAUGUGGUUUCCCUCGAAAAAUACAGGGGUAGCGUGGUCAUCAUCACCAACGUUGCCUCUAAAUGAGGUAAAACCCCAGUAAACUACUCUCAGUUUGCGGACUUGCACGCCAGGUAUGCUGAGAGAGGUUUACGGAUCCUUGCCUUCCCUUCUAACCAGUUUGGGAACCAGGAGCCAGGCAAUGAAACUCAGAUCAAGCAGUUUGCCGAGUCCUAUCAUGUUCAGUUUGACAUGUUCAGUAAGAUUAACGUGAACGGGGACAACGCUCAUCCUCUGUGGAAGUGGCUGAAAGACCAGCCCAAUGGGAAAGGCUUCAUGGGAAAUAGCAUCAAGUGGAAUUUCACUAAGUUUUUGAUCAACAGAGAGGGUCAGGUGGUGAAGAGAUAUGGGCCACUGGAUGAUCCAAGUGUGGUGGAGAAGGAUCUUCCCCGAUACUUAUAAACACCUAAUGGAUAACUGAUGCCUCACUCAUACUUCGUUCAUUUUGUCUUUCCAUCGCCCUCCUUUCUCUGCCUCUCCGAGCACCAGUGGAUAUAGUUUUGGGUCCAGCCCAGACCAGUGACGGUCUGUUCAUAAACCCGCACGGCGGACAGAGCAGACCUGAUGAAAAUGGCGUGCAAACCUCCUGGGCAAACCAAGCUGGUACUCAUUUGGUUCUCUGGAGAGAAGCAGAAAGGAUCCUUGAAAGUAACUCUUUUAGUAGAUGUAAAUGUGUGGCAUUGUUCUCAAAAUAAAAAGCACUGAGAUUUUGUUCUAAUCAUA